AGAGGCCGCCCAAGGUCGUGAAAUAGGCGCGAUCAGGUUUGAAGGUCGACCGCCUGGUUGGUAGAUCUCGUGACAAAAAUAUUGAAUAUUAGAAAGUAAGGUUCCUGGCAUGUUCGAGACAAAACUCUGACCUCAAUUUAUGUAAAAUUUACUCUUAGAGCUUCAGACAUGGAACUGAGAAAAUAAUCUGCUUGAAAGUUUGGUCAAACGUUGAAGAUCUAGUUUCUGCUCUCCACAUUUUCAGAGUUUUUGGAACUGCGAGAUAUAAAGAACAUAGUUGCAUAAUUACAUUUCCUGCCUAAUGUUGAGUAAAGGCUGUGCCAUUAAUAUUUUAUUCGCUAUUCAAAAAAGUCAUUUCAUUCCUUUGAGACAAUAUGCUGAUGGACAAAUAACUUCAUCUAUGUAUUGUAGACUUGUUAAAGAAGGAAAAAUUAGGCAUGACGAUUUCCAAUUUUCGAUUGUCAGACAACUUGAUGAACUUUGUAAGGAGUUACACUCAUACUAUAACAGAAGUCGAUUAUUAUCAGUGAUUAGUAGUCAAAGUGCUCCUAGAGGUAUUUAUCUGUACGGUUCUGUGGGUUGCGGGAAGACUAUGUUAAUGGAUUUGUUUUAUGAGUGCUGUAGUCUCGAUUACAAGUGGAGAACUCACUUCCACUCAUUCAUGUUUGAAGUACAUGGAAGGCUACAUUCUGUUCGUUCAUCUGCUCCAAGAAACAAAAAAUCAUUUGAUCCUAUUCCUCCAGUAGCGAAAAGUAUCAUUGAUCAAUACAAAUUGUUAUGCUUCGAUGAAUUUCAGGUUACAGAUAUUGCAGAUGCAAUGAUAUUAAAACGAUUAUUUGAGAAUUUAUUUAAUCUUGGCGCUGUUGUUGUUGCCACAUCAAAUCGUUGUCCGGACGAUCUAUAUAAGAAUGGGUUACAACGUGUAAACUUUGUACCUUUUAUAGGUCUUCUUAAAGAAAAGUGUCAUAUAGUCAAUUUGGAUUCUGGUGUGGAUUACCGUACAAAAAUAAGUGAAACAUUAUUCAAAGAAUCAGAUCUUCCCCUGUAUCUAGAUUAUUCUACUGGAAAUGACGAUAUACAUAAUCAACUUGAAAAAUGGUUUACAAAAUUAACAACUGAAGAUGGACAUGUUGGACCACCAGUAGUUGGAACAAUUUCAACAUAUGGGCGUGUAGUUACCUUUAAACAAACUGGUGGAAAUAUUUUAAAAUGUACAUUUGAUGAGUUGUGCAAUGUGCCUUUAGGUGCCGCUGAUUAUAUGAAUUUAACUAAACGUUUUCAUACAAUAAUUUUAUGUGAUGUACCACAAAUGGGAAUGCAUAAUUUACCAAGUUUAAAACGUUUUACACAUUUCAUUGAUGUUCUAUAUGAUACACAUACUCGUCUUAUUAUUGGUGCUAAUUGUUCACUUGAAAAUUUAUUAUUAUUAUCUAAUAAUGAUACAUCUUCUAUUGAAUUACAAUUUCAUCAUCGUCAAUUAAUGGAUGAUUUAAAGAUGAAUAUGGAUCAUCCAACGAAUAUGAAAGCAUCAAUAUUUACAGGUGAUGAAGAUUUGUUUGCUUAUUCUAGAACAUUAUCCAGAUUACAUGAAAUGCGUUCAAAAGUAUAUUGGGAUCAAAGUGGACCAAAUCGUAAAGUUGACUAAGAAAACAGAACAUAAACAUUUCAUAAAAAGAUAGAUGUUCAAUAGAGUAUUUGUCUUUAUAUCUUAUUAUCUAUGAAUUUGAAAAACAGAAAGAACAAUCCUACUUUUUACUAUUUUUUUUUCCUGUAGAUAAAAUAUUAUACACAAAUGGAUUAGUUUACAAUACCCAUACAUUUUGUAAAAUAUAGUUUUCAAUCACA